UACAAAAAAUAAAAAAAUAUCUGUUAAAUAAGAUCCCGUUCGAAAAGGGAUCCAAAUGUUAAGUGUUGCCCGUUGAAACGAUGGAUAAAAGGCUCGGCGAUAGUCCCGGAGAUUGUCGCGUAACCAGAUCCAGCAUGACGCCCACCCUCCGCUUGGAGCACAGUCCCCGGCGGCAACAACAGCAACAACAGCAGCAGCAACAGCAGCAACCCCAAGAACAACAGCAACCAGAGUGCAGUGGAACAUCUGCAACAGCGAAAUCCAAAUCCAAGUCCAAGUCCCCCACACCGCCCACCUCCAAAUCCCAGGCAGGGGGUGCCCCUCAGCAACAGCAACAGCAGCAUCAUCAAUUCCGUGCCCCGCAGCAGCAGCAGGGACCCAAAAACAAGAACAAGGCCUGGAGCAAGAGGGGCCACAAGACCAGUGGUGGCGGCGGUGGCAAGUACAGUGGCAGCGCCUGUGUCGGCAUCGCACAGUCGCAUCCCAAUGGCAGCAGUGGGGCGGCAGGUGCCGGCUUGGGCCUGGCGGGGGGACAACCUCCGGCUGGAGGCGGAGUGCCGCCCACAGUGGCGGCGGCCCACAAGGCCGAUCUGGAGAAUAUACAGAAUAUCAAGAAUCAAAUAUCCGGCAAUGCUGCGAGCCACCAUGGCAGCGGCAGCGGCGGCGGUGGCGGCGGGUCGGCCUCCCAUCACGGGGGAUCGCAUCACAGCGGCGGCGGUGGAAUAGGCGGCAGCGGGGGCGGGGGCGGGGGCGGGGGACACCACCACCAUCACAACACGCGGCUGGCGCAGAUUGCCGCCGGCACAGGGGGAGUGGGGGGUGGCGCGGGCGGCAAUGGCAUCUCCAUCGGAGCGAUGGACAAGCACGGACUGAAGGCCCAGCAGCAGCUCUACAAGAAAAUGCUGGCGCACAGGAGCCAUCAUCAUCAUGUGCUGUGCGCCGGAAACAAUGCCAAUCACACGUGCUGCCUGGUGACCGGCUGCAACGGAACCAGCGCCGGCGGAGGAGGCGGCGUGGCUGGAGGUAAUAGUGGCAUCAAUGCCGUGGGAGGCGUGAACGCCGGAUGCAAGGAUGCGCAGAGCAACAAGGACACCAGCUCGCUCAGCGGAAACAGCAACAUCUCGGGCAGCGCAGCGGCGGCGGCGGCAGCGGCCAAUGCCGUGCACUACUGCUGCGGGCGGUCCAAGUUCUUCCUGCCGGAGAAGCGGCUGCGGAAGGAGGUGAUUGUGCCGCCCACCAAGUUCCUGCUGGGCGGCAACAUCUCGGACCCCCUCAACCUCAACUCGCUGCAGCACGAGAACACCUCGAACGCGUCGAGCAGCAACAACACGCCGGCGACGACGCCGCGCCAGUCGCCGAUUACGACGCCGCCCAAGGUGGAGGUCAUCAUACCGCCCAAUAUCCACGACCCGCUGCACCUGCUCGACCCCGUCGACUCGAUGGAGUACGAGAAGCAGCUGACGUCGCCGAUGAAGCGGGGCGGCAUGCUGACGCGCGGCAGCCACCUGAAGCUGCAGCAGCAGCCGCAGGCGCACCACCGCCAGCACAGGCCGCGGAAGAACCGCAAGCGGCGCCGCUUCGACUCGAACAACACCUCGCAUGCGGGCGACGACGGGGGCGAGGGCAGCGAAACGCUCUCCGUCUCCCUGGACGAGGCGGGGACCUCAUCCUCGGCGGCAUCGCCGGUGGCGCCACUCGCUGCCGCCGGCUCUGCCGCUGCUGCGUCCCUCAGUCUGCUGCUGAGCGAAGCCGCCGCACCGGCAUCUGCAUCGGCAUCGGCAUCGGAUACGGGCGGAACGGCGGAAAUGGGCCAGCAGCAGGCGCAUGUGCGCUCUCCCCAGGCGGCCACGAUGGCCACGGCAGAGAUGCCGGCUCCCACGCCCACAGAGGCGGCUGUCCAGUCGGGCGGCAUCGCACCGGCACCGGCACAGGCACAGGCUCUGCCACUGGCACUGGCACCGGAACAAAUGGAAUGCAACAUGAGUCUGCUCUCGUCGCCGACAGCGCCGCCAGCUGCAUCAUCGUCACCGCAACAGCAGCAGCAGCAGCAACAUGUGUCCAUUGCAGCGUCAGAGGGGGAUGUGUCUGGCUCCACAGAGCUGCUGUUGAGUGCCUCGAAGUCGGCAUCGACCUCGGCCUCGGCCGCAGCCCUGGCCGUGGCCUCGACCCUUGCGGAGAGGCGGGCACAGGCCAGCCGGGACUUGCGCCUGGAUUUGAGCAGCACGUGCUACGGCGUCGGCGGCACGGGCCUCAGCUUCGGCAGCAGCAGUGCGGCCAGCAUCGGCAGUGGCAGUGGCAGCGGCAACGGCAACGGCGGUGGCGGUGGCAGGAAGAGGAAAAUCAGCGAAAGCAACAAUUCCCAGAAGAGCAAGAAAUUCCAUCGUAACGAUGGCAUGGACAAGAUCGUGAGUCCCGUGGUGCCACAGCCAGGGGCAUGGAAGCGUCCGCCACGUUUGCUGCAGCCCAGCGGUGCCCGGAAGCCCAACACGCGACGAUCCACGUCUUUCAGCGAAACGGAACUGCUCAGCCCCGUCGAGGAGCAGCCGCCCAGGCAGUUGCCCCUCAUCGAGGUGAACAUCCCACGCGACGAUACGCCAGAUCUGUCGGAGCAGGGCCUGGGCAGCCCCAUGAGCACCACAUCGGCGGCCACCUCGCAUACGGCCGGGGAACAGGACUCCCUGCCGCCGGACACCGCGGCCGCCGUCGAGGCAACUGCCGAGUCAACAGCAGCCGGGACGGCGGUAAAGCCGAUGCCCGAGGAGCCGACCCUGAUGCUGGAGCCGGCCCUGAUACCGCCCCUCAACAAGCUGCCCAAGUUCCGGGCGGAUGGGGUGAAGUACCGCUACGGGAACUUCGACCGCUACGUGGACUUUCGGCAGCUGAACGAGUUCCGGGACGUGCGGCUGCAGGUGUUCCAGCGGCAUGUGGAGCUCUUCCAGAACAAGGACAUCCUGGACAUUGGCUGCAACGUGGGCCACAUGACCAUCACGGUGGCCCGCCACCUGGCCCCGAAGACCAUACUGGGCAUCGACAUCGACCGGGAGCUGGUGGGCCGGGCCCGGCGGAAUCUGUCCAUCUUCGUGCGCAUACCCAAGGAGGAGAAGGUGAAGAUGGAGGUGAAGCAGGAGCCCACGUCGCAGCUGGUGAAGAGCGAGCCCAUGGACGACGGCGAGGAGGCUGCCGCCGGGAGUCUGCACAAGAAAACGCGACGUGGCAAGAAGCGACGCAAGGCCCAUCAUCAUCACCAUCACCACCAUCAUCACCAUCAGAACCAGGAGCAACUGCAGCAGCAGCUCAAAUUGGAUGCACUCCUUGUGAAGCCGCACGAGUUCUUUCCCAUCUCCUUUCCGCUGACGUACGGCGGCAUGCCGCAACUGCCGCUGCCGCCGGCAGGGAAGUCCCCGAACCUCUCCCCGAACAAGAACCAGUUCCCGGCGAACGUCUUCUUCCGGCAAACGAACUACGUGCUCAAGGACGAGUCGAUGAUGGCCAACGAUACGCAGCAGUACGAUCUCAUUCUGUGCCUCUCCGUGACCAAGUGGAUCCAUCUCAAUUUCGGGGAUGCCGGCCUCAAGCUGGCCUUCAAGCGGAUGUUCAACCAGCUGCGGCCCGGCGGCAAGCUCAUACUGGAGGCCCAGAACUGGGCCAGCUACAAGAAGAAGAAGAACCUCACGGCGGAGAUCUACAACAACUACAAGCAAAUCGAACUCUUUCCGAACAAAUUCCACGAGUACUUGCUCAGCUCCGAGGUGGGCUUCAGUCACAGCUACACGCUGGGCGUGCCCCGGCACAUGAACAAGGGCUUCUGUCGGCCCAUUCAGCUGUACGCCAAGGGCGACUACACACCGAACCAUGUCCGAUGGAGCGAUGCCUACUAUCCGCAGACGCCGUACGAGGCCUAUCGCGGGAUCUACGCCACCUUGCCGGCCCAUCGGAUGAGUGCCGGCGGCAGCCACAGCGGGCACGCGCCGCUGCUGCACAUGAGUAGCUCGAGUCGGUCGCAGAACUACGAUACGCCGCACUAUGCGGGCAGCGCCUCGGGGUCGGCCAGCCUGCGGCAGACGCCGCGCUACCAGCCCACCUACAAUCCCCUGGAGACGGACUCCUACCAGCCCAGCUACGACAUGGAGUCGUACGGAGGCAAUCACAUGUACGUGUUCGCCUCGCCGCUCUACCAGACGGUCUGGUCGCCGCCAGCCUCGCUGCGGAAGAGCUCCUCGCACACGCCCGUCUUUGGCAGCGUGCGGGAGGCGGAGCUGGACGGCGACAGCAGCAUCGGGGGCGGCGGCAGCGGCGGCGGCAGCUACCAUCGGCACGUCUAUCCGCCGAACGAUGACACCUGCUCCCCGAACGCCAACUCUGGGAACGCGUUCAACUCGAUCCGCGAUGCGGACACGGACGACUCGAAUCAGCUGCCCAGCGGCAGCCGGCCCCAUGUGUAUGCCACCAAUUGUGGCGAGAGCUCCUCCUCGCCGCAGGUGAACCACCACGAGGCCACCGCAGAGUUUGUCGAGGACGGCCUGAUGGACGAUGAGCAGAAGACGCCGGUCGCCGGCGGCACGCCCACCGCCUACCACAGUGAUCUGUCGGAUGCCUGAGCGGGUGAGGGCGGCGGCAGGGGCAGGGGCGGAACGAAGACGGCUCGCAAGAAAGGAAGAAAAGAAAAAUGUGUCAAAA